AUGGCGAGAGACUCAACCAAGCGGACUCGGGGCUUCUCCUCCUCCUUCUUUUCUCUCGUCGUGCCACUGCUCGUCGCAGCGCUCUUUUACAAGCUCACAUCUUCCUCGUCGCCGCAAGAGCCAGACUACGACCAUGUCCCCGGCACACCCGACACGGUGCUGUUCCUCGCCAGCGCCAACCGAGGCCAGCACAACGUCCAGCUGGCCACCAUCCAGGGCCUCUUGGAACGGCACCCAGGGGUCCGGAUCCACGUCGCGUCCGCCCCAUACGUGGGCGGCUCCCUCGAGCGCAUCGCCGGCCUCGUCCGCAGCGCCGGCCCGCCCGCUCCGGACCCCGUCUUCCACACGCUCGACGGGCUCGCCGACGUGAACGCCGACAUCCCCCGGCUGCUUGGCACGAACCGGUCUUUCGGCGAGCUGGUGAUGCACCGGCCCGGCGCCGCGGGCGCCAGGGCCGCCUUCGGGACGCUGAAGCCGACCAUGAGCCCGUGGUCCUGCGACGAGUACGCCGGCCUCUACCGCCGCAUCGCCGACCUCGUCGACGAGGUCGACCCGGCCGUCGUCGUGCUGGACUUUGCGCUGCGGCCGGCCAUCGACGUGGCCAGGCACAAACGGAGGCGUCGUGUGUACAUCUCGCCCAUGCCCCUCGCCAACGUUCUGGGCUUCAUCCAGCCGAGCGUCGACGCCAUCUGGAAAUACCCGACCUUAGGCACCGACUUCCCGUUCCCUCUGCCGUGGAAACACGUCCCCAGCAACAUCGUCGCCGCCCUCUCCGCCAUGGUGACCUUCGCCACCCCGUCCGCUGGCACGGCGUCUCCCCAGUGCCUCGAGGAGCGCGGCAUCCACGGCAGCUUCGGCCCCAUGACAGACCCCGGCGUGAUGUGGAUCACGCCGGGCCUGUCCGAGGCCGCCAUCCCCGUCGACCAGGUGCCGGCCGGCGCCGUCCGUGUGGGGCCCAUCACGUUAAGCGUCCGGCCCCUGGUCGAGCAGAGCCCGGAGCUCGCCCGGUGGCUGCGGAACGCGCCCACCGUCUACAUCAACAUGGGCAGCCUGUUCAGGUACACCGAGGCCCGCGUCGACGUCGUGUCCCGCGCCGUCCGGCUCCUCCUGGAGCAGACGCCCGUGCAGGUCCUCUGGAAGCUCGGGGAGACGGACAAAUUCGGGGAUGUCGUCCGGGGGCACCUCGGGCCUCUUAUCGACCGGGGGCGUGUCGUGGUCACCGGUUGGAUCGACGCGGACCCGACGGCGUUGCUGGAGACGGGCGACGUGGUGUGUUUUGUGCACCACGGCGGCGCCAACUCCUUCCACGAAGCUCUGUCGGCCGGUGUGCCGCAGGUCAUCGUGCCCAUGUGGCUGGACUUGUACAACAUCGCCCAGGUGGCCGAGAGCAGCGGCGUGGGCGUCUACGCGACCCGUGGCACGGCGCCGGAGUGGACCGUCGACGGGCUCUUGGAGCCGCUGCUGAAGGUUGUCGGCGACGGCGAGGACGGCCUCGAGAUAAGGGCUAAGGCAGCGACGGUGGGAAGAAAGGCACGCGAGGACCCGGGGAGGUAUGCUGCCGCGGGCAGAGUUGCCAGUUUGGCCGCACCGAGGGGUCUUUGA